CCCCCACCAAACGCGACCCUUCCAACUUUCGUGCGCCAACACUCCUCCACCACCUGUAACCAUGUCGGGCUCCGUCCAGAUCUCCUCACCCGCUCAGCUGAGCUCACUGCUGUUAUCUUCUCGCGUUGUGGUCGUCAAUUUCUACAACGAAUGGAGCCCGGCAUGCAAGACGAUAGGCCCCGUCUAUGACCAGCUGGCGAAAUCCCUCUCGAGGCCAGGGAAUGUCAUGUUCGCGAAGGUCAACGCCGAGCAGCAGGCCCAGAUUGCGCAAAGCUAUAGUGCCACAAAUCCGCCAGUCUUCAUCGUAUUCAAGAACGGCCAGCAAGUCUCCAAGUUCACCGGGGCGAAUCCCCAGCAGUUGUCCGACGCAAUCAAGCGACUAGCCGCGGAGGCCGAAUCAGACGGCUCCUCCGGCGGCUUCGGGGAAGCGAGUUCGAGCGGCGGCGGUGGCUGGCGGGGAACUGGGCUGCCCCGGGGAUACCACGAUGUCACAGACCAGGUCGAUGUGCCCGGUUUGGAUCUGAUGAACAGCGACAGCGAGUUUGGAGGGGUGCGCACAUUGUUCGAGAAGACGCAGCCUAGCACACUGGCCGUCGGCAAGGGCAAGGCCGCAGCGACUGACUCUGAAUCGAACAAGGACUGGGUGGAGAGCGACGUGGACGAGCAGUUAAUGCUUUACAUGCCGUUCACGUCGUCGCUCAAGAUCCACACCAUCCAGAUUACGUCCUGUCCGCCAAAGGGUGAAGACGACGACGAAGUACCGCUUCGACCGAAGACCAUUCACCUGUACACGAACCGGCAGCACAACUUGGGCUUCGAGGAGGCUGAGGAUAUCCCACCGACCCAGGCUAUCGAGCUCAAGUCAUCAGAUUGGGACGAGACAACCGGCACCGCCAAGCUGGAGCUGCGGUUCGUGAAAUUCCAAAACGUUACCUCUCUCGUCCUUUUUGUGGUGGACGGUAACGGUGAGGGUGAGAGGACGCGCAUAGAUAGGAUCCGAAUUAUCGGGGAAUCUGGGGAGAAGCGCGAGUUGGGCAAGCUCGAGAAGAUCGGAGAGGAUGACUGAUGAUUGAUGACGGGCUAUAGACUCAUUGCGAUAUGAGCAGUAUAGACGACCGUGUUCCUCAUACCCCGAGCAAGGCAUAUGAAAUGAAUAUGAUGUGAAUCAUCAAAGGUUUGCUAUGAAGCAUGCACAUCAGGACGCAGUGGUAUGUUCGACCCUCUUCC